AUGGCUGUUUCACAAAACAAUCACGACAUGGACGAGGGACAACUAGAGGUCGGCAUGGAGUACAGAACUGUUUCUGGUGUGGCCGGACCUCUGGUUAUCCUUGAAAAAGUUAAGGGACCUAAGUUUCAGGAGAUUGUUAACAUUCGUUUGGGAGAUGGAACAACUCGACGUGGUCAAGUCCUGGAGGUUGAUGGAGAGAAAGCUAUUGUUCAGGUUUUUGAAGGAACAUCUGGAAUUGACAACAAGUACACCACCGUGCAAUUUACAGGAGAGGUUUUGAAAACUCCAGUCUCACUGGACAUGCUUGGGCGCAUCUUUAAUGGUUCUGGGAAACCCAUUGAUAAUGGCCCCCCUAUUUUGCCUGAGGCUUACCUAGACAUAUCUGGGAGUUCUAUCAAUCCUAGUGAGAGAACAUAUCCUGAAGAGAUGAUACAGACUGGAAUUUCUACAAUUGAUGUCAUGAAUUCCAUUGCCAGAGGACAAAAAAUCCCACUUUUCUCUGCUGCUGGUCUUCCUCAUAAUGAAAUAGCUGCUCAGAUAUGUCGCCAGGCUGGUUUGGUCAAGCGGUUGGAGAAAUCUGACAGUCUUCUUGACGCUGUGGAUGUGGAAGACGACAACUUUGCCAUUGUGUUUGCAGCUAUGGGUGUAAAUAUGGAGACAGCACAGUUUUUCAAACGUGAUUUUGAAGAAAAUGGUUCAAUGGAGAGAGUGACCCUUUUUCUGAAUCUGGCAAAUGACCCUACAAUUGAACGUAUUAUUACUCCUCGUAUUGCUCUUACUACUGCAGAAUAUUUGGCAUAUGAAUGUGGGAAGCAUGUUCUUGUCAUUCUCACAGAUAUGAGUUCUUAUGCUGAUGCUCUUCGUGAGGUAUCUGCUGCUCGAGAAGAAGUGCCUGGAAGGCGUGGAUAUCCAGGGUAUAUGUAUACUGAUCUGGCACAAAUCUACGAGCGUGCUGGACGAAUUGAAGGCAGAAAAGGCUCCAUUACACAAAUUCCGAUUUUAACUAUGCCAAACGAUGAUAUUACACACCCCACCCCAGAUCUUACAGGAUAUAUUACUGAGGGACAGAUAUACAUUGACAGGCAGCUCUACAACAGACAGGUAUACCCGCCAAUCAAUGUUCUCCCAUCACUGUCUCGUCUAAUGAAGAGUGCUAUUGGUGAAGGGAUGACUCGCAAGGAUCAUUCCGAUGUAUCCAACCAGUUGUAUGCAAAUUAUGCUAUUGGGAAGGAUGUCCAGGCAAUGAAAGCUGUGGUUGGAGAAGAAGCACUUUCUUCGGAGGACCUGCUAUACCUGGAGUUCUUGGACAAAUUUGAGAAGAAGUUUGUGAGCCAAGGGGCAUAUGACACCCGUAAUAUCUUCCAGUCACUUGAUUUGGCAUGGACGUUGCUGCGGAUCUUCCCUCGUGAGCUUCUCCACCGUAUACCUGCAAAGACUCUUGAUCUGUUCUACAGCCGAGAUGCAGCUAAUUGA